AUGGUACGCGGGGGUACGAGUGCGAUAGACAUUCCAUGUCAAGACACAGGAGAUCUUGAUGGUUCUUUUAUUGGAUCUCCGACAUCAUACGUGAACAUACCACACGUUCCACAAGCUGAAGACAUUCGUACUAUAAUGCGUAGGGAUUCAGAGGCUCCACAUGAACUUGAAGUCGAAGAUGACAAUUUCCCAGCCGGCCCUAUUGAUGAAACGAAUGAAUGCUCAUCUACUCCAAAGAAUGUGUCGAUGUCACAGCCGUUACCGAUCGAUUUGUUACCGGCUGAAACUGUACGAGCUGAUGAGGAAUUUGAAGGAGGAUUGAGAGUGAUCCUUACUGAAUACAGACUUUGUCUUCUCGCUCCAAAUAAUCGUGCACUGCGUGUGAUUCUGCUUGUAGCCAUAGAAACAAUUGAUUUCCGGGAUCCUCUACAGAUUAUCAUCAGCUGCAAAGAAGGGCGUGUUGCCUGUUUGCGAGCAAAAUCGACGGAGAGUGCUAUUUCUUGGCAUAAAAUGCUCUACAGAGCCGCAAAUCGUGUCAACUGCCAAGAGUUAUUCGCGUGGAGUUUUGCGAAGCAGGUGAGGAAGUCGAAAUACUCAUGGUUAACUGACACAGAACCUGUUGGCGAUGAAGUGCUGGUUCGCAAAGAAUUCGAACGCCUUGACUAUGAUCGUGAUCAUUUUCGGGUUUCUGAUGAUAAUAAAGGAUUCACAUUGUCACCUACUUAUCCGGAGUAUAUGGUCAUUCCUAAAGAAAUCAGUCGAGAAGAUUUGGUAUACGGAAAGGAUUUUCGUUUUCUACAACGUUGGCCUGCUGUAGUGUGGAAGUGUAAAGAAACGAGAGCCGUACUAUUGCGCAGUAGUCAACCAGGAUUGAGUAUUUUCGGAUGGAGAAAUAAUGCAGAUGAGAAGUUUUUCGAACUGGUUCACAAAUACCUCGACACCUAUUCGCCUGGCAAAGAUAUGUUGAUCAUGGAUGCUCGAUCAUAUGCUGCGGCUUGGGCCAAUCGUGCCAAAGGAGGUGGUUUCGAACAUCCCGGGCAGUCAGUGUUGGUGCAUUGCUCGGACGGAUGGGACAGAACAACGCAAAUAGUGUCUUUGGCGAAGUUAAUGGGGGAUGAGUACUACAGGACAGUGCAGGGUUUCGAGGAGCUAAUCCGUCUCGAAUGGGUUGCGUUCGGCCAUAAGUUCGCUGAUCGAAAUGGUAUUAUGGGCACAAACACCAAUGAACAGUCUCCGAUCUUCUUGCAAUUUUUGGAUUGUGUUCAUCAGAUGCAACAUCAAUUACCAACGGCGUUCGAGUUCAACAAACAAUAUCUGAUUAAAUUGGCUCAACAUGCGUACUCUGGCCUGUUUGGCACCUUUUUGUUCAACUCUCGUCGACAAUCAAAGAUGGUGAAGGAAGAGAUGAAUGAGGAGCCGAUUUCGAUUUGGAGAUUUUUGAGUCCCCGUAACGAGCAGGUGGUAAGCUCGUUGUACGACAAGGCGAUCGUCGGAAGAAUCACCUUUGACACGGAAAUGAGCACGUUACGUGAAUGGAUCGAAGUUUAUCGGGAUCGCGCCUUUGAUGACGAUGCCGUUCCUCCCUAUCCGGCACGAGUCGGUCCAAUUCCGGCACCGUUGAAGGAUCCAAGCAGUAACGCUGUGCCAGUGAUCAAUCCAGGGACCCCACUUCAGAAGAGCAAGAGCAGUGAAAGCAUCAAUUCAGCUACGAGCGUGGACGCAGCGAAUAUUAGUGGAAUGUCGUUAAUGAGUCAUUCUGGAUCGAAUGGAGCCAUCAACAUAGGCGCCUCGUCACCUGAACAUACACUGAUGGAUACAUCACUGAUCAAUUUGGGCGAUUUCACCGCUCCACCAUCUCUGCCAACAACCAGGCGAGACGGUUCCACCAUAGUGGUUGGUUCACCUCUUCAUCCAUGGAAAAGUAUACAAGAAUGUCAAGACAAGGAUGGUUUAAUAAAGUUCUUCGAUCCAAUUGAGGAACGACAGCGUAUCAUCAACAGAGCUCAUCAGCUGGAGCUAGAGCGACAUCAGAUAGAUCAGAUGAAACGCAAUAGAAGCUUCUCGGAGCGUACAACUCAUGUUGGUGGUAUGACAUGUCGGGAUGCAGCUGGUAGAAUGUCAGUAUGUCAUCAGUGCUCACGCCAACGUUACCACACCACCGAAGAUGAUGGUAAAGGAGUACAACGUCGAAUUUGUGAUCGAUGUUAUGAGAAAGUGAUUCCUACACUAACAGAUGAAGAUAUUGAUCAUCAGGAUUUGUCCUCGUUGCUGAGCUUGAGUUCAUCACCACCACGUCGUUCGUCAUCUGUCGGUGAUACGAAGCUGUCAUCGUCAUUCUCUUACAUGGGAUCGCCAAGUCAAGCUGUGAAGGGCUGA